AAACAACUAGACAAAACCAAAGAAGGUUGCGCAGAGUUGCUGCCGCUGCGCACGUGUUUCUCAGCUGACGUUUGUUUACCCCGAAGACGAUCGGGGUCGGACCUUCUUGAGACGCAAGAGAAAAGGAACAGUGUGCCGAGCACACCAUGGGGAGCAAGCUGAAGCCGGGGGGGGUCCGGCGGCACCUGAAGGAGAAGGUGGUGCAGAUGUAUGAGGAUCUCUUCCAUGGAGCCGAUCCCUGCAUCAAUAACUCCAGGUUCUGGGAGGAUCUCUUCCUGCUCAAGCCAAAGAUGUCUGCUUUGGAAGGUGAGAUCAGCCGAUGCACAUCUGACCAGCUGCUGGGGCUCAAGGAGAACAUCAACACCCUCUUCUCUAAGUGUGUGCAGACCCUGUCUCACGACCAUCAUAUACGGGUCAUCAAUGCUCUUUUGACCUUAUGCAGCCUGGUACGUGGACUCUACAGAAAAAUGCAGGGAGAUUAUGGGUUUGACUUCAUUAACAUACUCAUAGGUUUUGAUUCUGCAGAGGAACAAAUGCAACUUCUCCUGAAUCAUGUCUCAAAUUUCCUAACAGGUGAAUAUUGUGACAGUCUGAAGUCGCUUAGCCUCAAGUUCUUGUUAGUUCUGGCCACAGGGACAGACAACAUCAGCCAAAACACUGUGCUUGAGUAUCUCACCAUCAAUUGCAACUUUGACUCAGUCAUUCAGCUGUUGAGCCAUUCAAGUACACGCAACCAGCAUGGCCCUGAAGCAGUGCUGUACCUCAUGCUGAUGGUCAACUACCGCAAGCAUGAGAUGACCAAUCCAUACACCGUUAACCUCUCACUCUUAGAUGAUGAACUCAUUUUAAAUGGCUAUGGUCAGGUAAUAACUGCAUCCUUGGCAGACUUUAACCAUAAAUAUUCAGCCCACUUCAUGGAGCCCCAUGGCUCAGGCUGGUUUGCCUCCCUCACAUCCAUGGUAGGAUCCAUGUUUGUGUCAGAGGAGAUGGCAACGCGAAAUGAACACAUAAAGGCAAAUGAUUCAUUCCUCUUGGCACUGUACGAAGCAGUCCAUCUGAACCGCAACUUCAUCACUGCCCUCACCACAGCCACAGACCCCUCAACCCCCCCUUCCCCUGCCAACACUCUCGACCGUGGCAGCACUCCCCCAACCACAGACGUCAACGACCAGAACAACCCUGCGCCAACGGUAGAAUUAGAAGCCACGUUACAGCCCACGAACCUACUAGUCACUUUUCUUGAAUAUUGCUCCAUAGUAAUGCAGGACACAAAGACCGAGGAGAGCCUGAACAAUGUCAAACUCUGCUUCAUCAUUAUCACGUGCAUUGCCGAGGACCAGUACUGCAAUCUGCUGCUUCAUGAUGCCAACCUCGUGUUCACAGUGCCCUUACACCGCCUCCCCAUGAGACAUCGCAAAGUCAUACCAGAGAAGACACCUCAUGCCCGUCCAUUGGCAUGUGCAGUCCUAGAUGUAAUGGUAGAAUUCAUGAUGUCUCAUAUGAUGAAGAAACUCCCCCUGGAACUGUUCCUCCUGAACGUGCGAAUUGUUCACCGUCUCCUCUGCUACCAAAAGCGUAACUCAGUCCGACUGCCUUACAAUUGGAAGGACUUGUGGGCUGCCCUGAUUGCUCUUGCCAAAUUCCUGGUCACCAAUGAGGCAUAUCUGGCCAAGAAAAUGAACAUCUUCCAGUUAGCACAUCAGGUCAUGAAUAUUUUCAAUUUGUUCAUCACAUAUGGUGACACUUUCCUCUCAACACCAUCAAGCUAUGAUGAGCUCUACUAUGAAAUCAUGAGGAUGCACCAGGUAUUUGAGAACAUGUACUCCAUGAGCUUACGAUAUUCAAGAACAGAUGGAGAUUACAAAGAAAGUGCGCAAAAGCUCACAAACUCACUAGGCAAUGUCAGAUCAAUAAUAAACCAUUUCACCCCCAAGUUAGACAAAUGGAGUCAGGAACAUGGAGUAUCAACACUUACAGAAGAACAGGUUCUAGAAGUGGUCCGGAAUAACUAUGACAGCCUCACCCUCAAACUUCACGACAGUUUAGAUCAAUAUGAAAAAUAUGCUGAGAAGCCUCAGCAUGCUAAUUUCUUCACAAGCAUGGUAAGAAGCAUACUCAGCGAUACGAGACAAAGCAUUGAUUUUAGCGCCUUUGAAAACUUAACAAUAUUACAAGAACUGAGCCAGUCAACAUAGAUACUCUUUAACUUGAUUUUGCAGUUACAGUGAGGUGGCAAUUAAAUAUGGUAAGGUAAUAUUCCUGAAAAAGAGUAGUUUUCUGUAUGAAACAAGGAAUGAAUAGAGGGGACUUGUAAUAGGUGAGUCCAGAAUUUGAAAAAAAAAAUUCCCAUUGAAGAGAAUUAAAGUAGUGAACAAUAUGUAAUCAAGAAUAUUACACCUUUGUACAAGUGGCUUAUACUCAUUUUUUGAAUUUGACAAAAUUUUAAAAUACUUUUUUGUUUAGAUAUAAAGUUCUACUUUUUUCCUUUGAAGUCUACUUUAUUUAAUUUUUUCUCUCUCAUACACUAGAGUAGUCUUCCUUCUUUGUAAUUAAAGCUGGGAGUGCCAGUUCCAUACAGGGGAGUCUUCCAAUGAUCCUCUGUAUUUCUAGAAAAAAAAUAUAAGGGCAAAAGUAGCCCUUCUCUGUCAUAUGCAAAUUGUAUAUAAUGUUAUGUUCAUAACUGUCUUAGUCAUAUUCAUCUCUUUUUUUUCCCUCACUCCCUCCCCCAAAAUCUCAUAGUGAGUAUAUUAGUCUUUAUUCCUAACAGCAUUUUAGCUCACUGCAGUAUUAUAACAAGGGUAGUAAAGUAGGCUAUUGAUUCCCUCAAACUUCCAGCCAAAGAAGUGUGAAAUGCUAAAAAGAAAUGUUGUGUAGAGGUCAUGAUAAUGUUUGUGCCCUUUCUAAUGUGCACUGAUUCUCAUUACUGAAUUUAUAUGUUUUUCAAAGGAAAAUGCAGAAUUUAAUGGAAUCUGUCAGUCCGUAGUGAUCCCUGAGACAGUGUCACACUAGCUCACUUUUUGCUUGAUAUCUACUGUGAUGACAUGGCAAAGUCAUAUCUCUCUCUCUCUCUCUCUCUCUCUCUCUCUCUCUCUCUCUCUCUCUCUCUCUCUCUCUCUCUCUCUCUCUCUCUCUCUCUCUCUC